AUGUUCUACUGCUUGAAAUUUAAACCUAGUCCGUAUUCUUCUGCAGGAGCAAAGCUGGAGGAGAUACAGGAGGACGUCCAGAUGCUUCCUCAAGAUCCAGCCCUUCCAGAAGUGUCCUACCAGAUCCUCAAUGCAGAUCAUCUUCUUUUAAGAAAUGUCCGUCAGGAAUCAGCAGGAAAUAUCAGCCAGGAGACACCAAACCAACCCUUCAUCAUCGCCGGGCUCUCCGGCAUACCGGCGAUCAACGUUAGCUACGGACCGAUGUCUCUGGAGCGGGCGAUCCCUCUCAAACUGAUCCAGACCGGGCCGAGGGUCCGAGCUUUCGUCCUGGCUCGUCAGGUCCGCUCGUCUUCCCCCGUCAUCCGGAUCCUCUUCUACUCCACCAGCAUGGUGAACAGCAUGGUGGAGGGCGGGUCGGGUCCGGGAGAAGCCGGGUACACCUGUGUUACAGCACACGCCUUCUGGAAAUCCAAAGAGAUCAAAGAGAUCCGAGGAACCUGCUCCAUCCGUGCAGAUAAGGGCUUCUGCCUGGCCCAGCUGAGACCCGAACCGGCCUGGUUCAGCCCCGGGAACCCGAGAUCCAGCAGGGAGCACCGAGCAGCUCUACGGAAAACCACGGUGGAGCUUUACUACCAGACCAGGCCGAGUCCUACCAGCCAGUGUGCUCCACAGGAGAGCAAGCAGACGGCCGGGGCGGAGUCCGGACCUGACCUGAUGAAAGCCGGAGACGUGACUCUACUGCGCUCUCCACCGGGGAACCCGUCGUUCAUGCGUCUGCGGCUGGGUGGACUCGUGAUCAUCCAAACCUCCUCCAGACCUCUGAAGACGAUGGACACGGCGACCUUCUACGUCUUCCUCGCCAGUACCUCAGUGGUGGAGAACUUCAUACUCAGGACCAGCAUCGAGAGGGGAAUGUCAUUCAGCACCGCCCGACCCAGUGACCCCCAGCUGUGGGACAUCACCCUCACCCCUGGGACAGGGGGCAACACCCAAACACUCUCAGUGAGCUGCCAGAGGAGGGGCGCCCCCCCCCCCCCAUUCAGCCUAUAGAAAGCACCCGGAAAGCGAGGUCUGCUGGAGGUCCUGCAGCUGGACUUCGACCUGCGGGAGCAGGGCGACCCGCCGGAGAGCCGGACAGUCACGUGGCGUCUGGAGGUGCCAGGGAGGACCGAUCAGGACGAGGGAACCAUAAAGAUCCACACGGUGCAGAAGGACUACGUGGGCAUCGCGCCGCUCAUCAGGGAGCCGGAGCUGGUGAACACGGCCGUGCUGACCGGUAAGAAGGUGUCGGUGCCGGUCCGGGUGCUGGGAGUGGAAGCGGACGGCUCAGUCACCGAAAUCACCAACUCCACCUUCUGCACCUCUGCUCACGAGGACACGCUAAAGGUUUCGGAGAGGUGCGAUUACGUGUACGUGAACGGGAAGGAGAGCAGAGGGAGGGUGAAGACCACGCUGAACUUCACCUACAGCUACCUGAGCGCUCAGCUGGAGGUGAACGUCUGGAUCCCUCGCCUGCCGCUGCACAUCCACCUGACCGACCCCCAACUCAGCCAGAUCAAAGGAUGGAGGGUCCCCGUCGCUACCGGCAACCACAAACUGAGUCGGGACGGUGAUGAAGACGAGGAGAAGAGGACGCGAGGCUGCAGCGUCCAGUACCAGCACAGUCCGGUCCGAGUGUUGGCGGCGUUCAUGGCGGACGCCGGCGACUCCACCCCUUCUGAACAUUUCCUGGGUCCUGAUUGGCUGGUGGAUGUGACCCGCUUGGUUCGCUACUCUCUGAGGGUCGUGGAUACGAGCGUGGCUCAGCUGUACAGAGGAACCGUGAUCGGUGGCAGAGCGCCCGGCGUCACCACCGUACAGGUAACGUCGCCCCUGUCCGGCGCGGUGCUGGCCGAAAGGACGGUGCGGGUGCUGGAUGAUAGGGUGAGCGUGGUGGAUCUGGGUCUGCGGCUGGUUUCGGGACUGGCGCUCUCGCUGCGGCUCCGCCCGGGCGGCGGCAGGGUCAUCGUCGCCACGGCAACCACCCAGGAUGCCAUGCGCAGCCUCAAACAGGAGGCAGCGGUGGCGUGCUGGCUCCGGUUCGGCGACGGCACCCGGGCCCCUCUGGACCUGUUCGAUCCGAGCACCUACGCCCUCGCCGUGUCCUCCUUGGAUAAAAGGGUGGCAUCUGUGCCGGGGAUCCCAGGCCGCGUGGUGGUGGUGGCGGAGUCGGAGGGGCAGGGGGCGCUGCUCCGGGCCGAGCUCUCCGUCUCCGAGGCCUGUCAGAAAUACAAGCGCAGGAGCAAGCUGGCCGUCGGCACCGGGUACGUCAAGGUCAAGUUUGUUUCGGACGAGAGAUCAGAGGUGGAGGAUCUGGGCGAUGUGGGUCCGACAUCUUCGCCGGGCACGCGGGAGGGCACGAGGAUGGAAAUCCCCGCUGUGCCAACCGAGUCCAGCCUGCAAGAAGCAACCAGAGACGAUAAACCAAUCAGGGCGACGCCCGGCACUGAAAAAGCUCCGGCCAACAUUUCGGUUAAAAACCACGGAAACCUGAUCGACCCCUCAAACCAGGACCGAACCAAACACACAACGCCAACCACGGAGCGAGACCUGGCACCGGGCAUCUUCACAGACAUUGAAAUCUGGAUCUACGUCCUGCUGGGCGUGGCCUGCUUGGGGAUCAUGGUCGUUCUGGUCAAGUGCACCGCUCACAACCCAAACUCCAGCGCCAAGAAGCCAUCCCUCCAGUGCCGACACCCAGAACGCCCUGCCCACCACUGGGUACGCCUGGUAACCCCUGCAGAGCAAUGCCGUGCGGUCCCGGUCGCAACCGUCACCGAGCCGGAGGCACCAGGUCCGAACGAGAGGCCGAACCCUGCGGAGACGCCCGGACUUCAGGAAAGAACCGCCACUCUGGGCAGAAGGAGCGCCACGCUGCCACCUUCGAGGUCCGCCGGUCCGCUGGCAAAACCAGUCCGGAGCGAGCCGCUGCACUCGCCCACUAGCAAGAGGAACCAGGUCCAGUUCACCACCUUCACCACGCUGGACAUCAAACACCUAGCAGCACUCAAGAGGAACUGGCUGGACUUCGGCUGGCACAACCAGGUCGCAACGGGUCAUUUUGCCAGCCAGGAAGAUCCUGAUGGUCAGGCUGGCAUCGCUGAGCAGACGGUGGAGCGUGGUGAGGUGAAGGAUGAUGCUACUAAAGUUCACUGGCCGGUGGUCAAACCAGUGGCACGACUUUAAUGUCCGGCAGCGUGGUGGCACAGCUGGUAGAGUGGGUGCAGCACAGCAGCAUUAUUCCUGACCUCCUGGGUUCGAUCCUUACUUUAGAGCUCUCUCUCUGUUAGAAGCCUGGAAGAACAUGCCAAAGUUUUCAGAGACAGUAAGUGGAGGCAGAUUUUGUAACCAGGCCUGGAGUUGUGCAACACCCACAUGACCGACUGAAUGAACCGGAUGAACGUUCCUCUAUUAACAGUUUGUUUUUAUUCUAAUUUUAUUCUUUAGUUUUUUAAAAUCAGAAUUAAUAUAAAAUAAAAUUAAAAUGUAAAAUAAAUUAUUUGAAUUAAAGUCUCUAAU